CACACAUAUGCAGCACACGUGCAGCACAGGAAGGAUCCAACGAGGAUUUAACCUACCAGCAGCAACCCUACAGGAGAUAUCUUCACCUGGACUGUUAACAGCUGACCCGCUCUCGGUUUUUCCCAACGUAUGGCUUCAAGAGUUCCGCUUUACAGUGCACAGGUGUUUGUUUACUGAUGACAGCCAGACCGGUUCAUGUGGAAGGAGUCAGUAACUGUCUGGAUACAGUCCGAGUAACAAAAACAAGGACUAAAGAGAAAGCAAAAGAGGAGAAGCAACACAAAAGCAACAGAUCGAGUAGCUGAUGGUCGCUGUGAUAAAGUAAACAUUCGGGAUUAAGAUGAGAGAGAGAUGAAGUUUGUCUGGCACUAGAGGUAGAGAGGGAGGGUGAAAGGAGAGAGUGGGGGCAGUGGGAGGGAGGAGAGACAGAAGAUCCAGCCCUCUGGGACAGCAGUUGUGUGUUUUGGGGGGUGGACAGAGUGGCUUUGAAUGCAGAACAUCACUGGACACCGACAGGAGGGCUGCUGUCAGUUGGUCUCUGUGUGUGUGUCUGUAGUGAAACCAGACCUACCUCUGAUCCCUGCACCACACACGCACUCCUCUAUCUGCUGCCUUUUUCUUCCUCUGGUUUGAACCCCCCAAUAGUGCGAAUGAGGGUCUUGGAGAGCUGACCGAUGGAGGUCAGGAGCGUCAGGCUGUGAUGUGUAACUUGUUGGAUUAAACUUUCCCGAGGCUCAGCAGCAGCAGCAGCAGCAGCAGCAGCAAUGGACUGGAGCCAGGAGGCGUGAAGUUAAAUGACUGGAGAAUCGGAAGACACUAAAAGCAGCCACCCUGUCUUGGCUUGAUUGUAGGUCUGUGUCUGGACAUCGUCCAGGACUUUGUGUUGGUGCUUGAGUGUGUGCAGCCCAUGUUGGUGGCGAGCGAUGCGAAUCUGACCAAACUCAGCGCUCCGAUGCCCGCUGCUAUGCUCCCGUGUCCUGCGCCAGCCGGGUCUGACUGGAGCUUCCAGAACCCGGUGGGGGUGGACUGCAGCUCCCCUGAACCUCGUUGCAUUUGGCUGGCGGUUCUACGUGGAGCCACGACCUCGGAGCCACCCACUUCGCCACUUGCCAUGCCUAUUGGGCACAGCCAGAGCUCUCAUCAGCCCAGGGCUAAGGGGCGGAGGGAUGGUUUCUCCUCAGCCGGUGACAACCCUCGGCCGCCGAUGGCGACCCGGCCGGGAAGGGAGGGGGUCGGCAUGGGCUGGAAGGGUCCCCGGACGCUGGUCCUCCAUAAGAACUCCCAGGGUUUCGGUUUCACAUUACGCCACUUCAUCGUUUAUCCUCCAGAAUCCGCUUUGCACACUAACGUCAAGGAUGAGGAGAACGGUAACGGAAAGGGGUUUCAGAAAGGUCAGUUGGAGCCAAUGGACACUAUAUUUGUGAAGAACGUGAGAGAAAAGGGUCCGGCCCAUCAAGCAGGCCUGUGCACAGGGGAUCGUCUGGUGAAAGUGAAUGGAGAAAGUAUUCUAGGAAAGACGUACUCACAGGUGAUCGCCCUCAUUCAAAACAGUGAGAGCGUGUUGGAGCUCUCCAUUAUGCCAAAGGAUGAAGAUGUGCUUCAGUUGGUAAGUGCGUACUCCCAGGAUGCCUACCUGACGGGUAAUGAACCGUACGCUGGGGGAGCUGAAAACCUUCCGCCGCCACCCCCCCUAUGUUACCCACGCUCCAAGACGACGUCAGUUUCUGGAGCUCCCCUCUCAUCCCCCAUGGGCCAGAACCAGCUGGAUAACUGGAGUCGCUGGCCAGGUUCUUCCAGCCCCUCAUCACCCUUGGACAACCGAUCUGCUGUGUGCAGCCCCGCCAGCUGGCAGGAGGGGCGGCCAGGCGAGCCCGGUGGUGUGGGUCACAGCAGUCCAGCCCACCGCACAGAGGAGAUCCAGUACGGUAUGACCAGCCAGCAGCCUCAGGGCCAGAUUAGGGGACGCUCCUACUCUUCGUCUUCCUCCUCCGGAGGCCCUUUGUCCAGCCCGCUACAAGUUCACUACCCCAACCACCAUGGUGCCAGCUCUUCACAGGCUCAACCACGCAAGUCCAGCUCAGCCUGGACCAGUCCCCCUCAGCCACAGGUCAGCCACAGCCGCAGUGACCGCUGCCAGCAGGCCCUCUCUGACUGGUACUACAACCAGCAGCCGGAUCGCUCAGUACGCAAGAUGCAGACCCGCCAUCGGAGCUACUCUCAAGACCGGCUCAGUGAAUCAAGGAGGCAGCAGCAGCGUACAGGUGGCUGGCCACACAGCGCCUCCCAGGACACUCUGCUCUUACUUCAGCAGUCAGGACCCGGACCCCAAGGGGAGCCAUACUGGUCCUACGGAGACCACACUGCCUCUAACUAUACUCGAACACGCUCUGAAAAUUUGCUCGCCCUCUACGACCACCAUGGUCGCUCGAUAGAGAUGUUGGACCGAGGAGCAGCUGGACUGGUCUCGCCUCGGAUUGACAGGCCCGCGUGGCUCCAGCAGGCCCCCCAGCCUCCCCCGAGGACUGACGCUUACCACAGGCAGGGCAACCAUUUUAGCGCAGCGCAAGCUCCUCAAGUGUCCCGGCAGUCACAGCCAACCUCUAAACACCACCCACAGACCCACACCCAGCCACAGCCGGCGCCCACUCAGAGCAGGCGGCUUCCUCUUGGACAGAGCGUGGACGACCAGCCGGUGGGCUACCGUAGCUACAGCCCAUCUUUUUACCGCAAAACAGGCCGCAUCCUGCAGCAGGCUCAUUCGUUCAAGGACCCUUCAUACUCUGGCCCCCACUUAAACUGGAACCCAGUACCUAAAACCAGCCCUCCAGAGGGGACGCCAGCACCUGCCACUGCCUCCACCACAACUCCAGUUGCCUCCGCCACGCCCGAAUCCCAGGACAGAGGGUACAGGCCAACAAACCACGAGAGGGAACGAGGGGCAGUGGAAGGGCAGGCUGAAUUGGUGGCACAGACCCAGGAAGUGGUGAUGAGGCAGAAACCCCCCACCGGGCGGAGGAAUGUCCAGGGUAUGCGUCACCCUCACUACGCCCUGCCUUUGGAUGGGCUAGAACCCUCUUUGUUUUCUCCUGAUCCCAAAGACUCAGCCCCAGCUCCCGGUUCCACAGGAGAUGUAGCCUCAGGCAAACCAAAUGGAAACCUUGCUCCCCUCCCACUAGAGGAUGACUCUCUGGCCUCCAUCCCCUUCAUAGACGAGCCAACCAGCCCCGGCGCCGAUUUGCGCGCCCGGCACGUGCCGGCGUCCUCCGUUGUCUCCAGCGGCAUGAGUUCAACGCCCGCCGUGGUCAACAGCCCCGCAUCCCCCACCUUCACCUUCCCCCUCACUAGGCUCUUCUCACACGACUGCAGCAGUAUUAAAUCCAGUCGCCGUUCCUCCUAUGUUCUAGCCAUCUCCAGCGAGCGCUCCAAGUCAUGUGACGAAGGACUCAACACGUUCAGAGAGGACGGACGAUCCUUUAGGAGGCUUCCAAAAAGAGUGAAGAGCUUCUUCACAGAUGGGUCUCUGGAUAACAUCGGGACAGCGGAGGAGGUUCGGUCGAAACGCCACUCCACCUCGGAGCUGGGAAACAUCACUUACAUCGAUGUACGGCGAGAAGGAUGGCUGCACUACAAGCAGAUCCACACCGAGAAGGGCAAGAAGGUAGGCAGCGCCAUGCGUCCGUGGAAGCGCGUCUUUUCGGUUCUUCGCUCCCAAUCGCUGUUCCUCUACAAGGAUAAGCGGGAGGCGGUGCUUCGCGGAGCCACAAUUGGAGGUUCGGCCGAGGAUGAGCAGCCGAUCAGCAUCCGGGGCUGCCUGGUGGACAUCGCGUACAGCGAGACCAAACGAAAGCACGCCCUCCGGCUGACCACCCAGGACUUCUGUGAGUACUUGCUGCAAGCGGAGGACCGGGAGGACAUGCUGAAUUGGAUAAAGGUCAUCGGGGAGAACAGCAAGAUAGACAACGAGGAGCUCGGCUUUUCCAGGCAGGCCCUCAUUAAUAAGAAGCUUAAUGACUACAGAAAACAAAGUCCAGCUGUCAACAAGCCAGACUCCUCUCCCAAGUUGUCCCGUAUGAAGCCUCCCUUCCUGCUCAAUAAGACGGAGAACGCUGCUGGAGCGCCACGCUCCCCGAAACCAGAAGGCAAAGAUGAGAGCAGCCCUCCCAAGUCUCCAUGGGGAAUUAACAUCAUGAAGAAGGCAAAGAAAGCUGGGCCCAAAGCUUUCGGUGUGAGGCUGGAGGAAUGUCAACCUGGUACAAAUAACAAGUUCGUUCCAAUGAUUGUGGAGAUCUGCUGUGGCCUCGUGGAGGAGAUGGGUCUGGAAUACACCGGCAUUUACCGAGUCCCAGGGAAUAACGCCAUGGUGUCGCUGCUCCAGGAGCAGCUCAACAAAGGCGUGGACAUCAACCCUGCAGAGGAGAAGUGGCAGGACCUCAAUGUCGUCAGUAGCUUACUCAAAUCCUUCUUCAGGAAACUCCCAGAGCCACUCUUCACCAACGACAAGUACAACGACUUCAUCGAUGCCAAUCGGAUGGAAAAUGCAUCCGACAGACUGAAGACCAUGAAGAAAUUGAUCCGCGACCUCCCAGAUCAUUAUUACCACACUCUCAAGUUCCUGGUUGGUCACCUGAAGACUGUAGCCGACAACUCGGAUAAAAACAAGAUGGAGCCUCGUAACUUGGCUCUCGUGUUUGGGCCGACGCUGGUUCGGACGUCUGAGGACAACAUGAAAGACAUGGUCACUCACAUGCCCGACCGCUACAAGAUCGUAGAAACGCUCAUACAACACUGCACCUGGUUUUUCACUGACGAGCUAGACAAGGAUGAGAAGACACCAGUGGACACGGAGGACGUGCAGCCCGCCCCCAACAUCGACCACCUGCUCUCCAACAUCGGCAGGACCGCUCUGCUCGGCGAAGCCUCGGAUUCAACCAACAGUGAUUCAGCGAAAUCAAAGGGGUCGUGGGGGUCAAAGAAGGACCUCACAGCCAAGGAAUUCCUGGCUCUGUCCAUCAUGUCAGCGGUUACUGGCCGCAAACGCAGGAAGCGCCAUAACGCCCGCCGCGUGGGCAGCAGCACCGACGACGACUCUGAGCAUGAGCCGAUCAAAGCUGGACAUUUAGGGGCAGGAGAGGAAGAGGAGGUGGAGUCGCCAGUAGGAGACACUGCUCCUCGAGCAGAGGGAGAGGAGGAUGAUGACGAAGAGGAAGAAGAAGAGGACGAGGAGGAGGAGGAUGAGGAAGUUGUAGAGAGCGGAGUGAAGGAGGAGGGACAAGACGAGCCGGCCGUAAAACCCAAUCGGUUGUCCUGUAAAGUGGAAGAGGAGGCGGGAGGAAGGCAGGCAGCCACGUUAAACGAGGAGGAGGAGGUGCAGGCGGAGGUGAAGGGGCCUCAGUGGCGAGCUCCAGAGGAUGCUCGCUCUAUAGUUUCAGGUUACUCCACCCUCUCUACUUUAGGGCGGAGCUUGGGAUCUGAGGGGAGGGGGGACGAUGCUGAUGAUGAACACAGCGAGCUGGUGAGCGAGACAGAUAAUGAGAGCGGCUUCGCCUCGCGCUCUCUUACACAGGAGAGACCCGAUAAACACCCGACGCCACCUGUGAACACGCAGCUGCCGGCGCCGCCGCGAAGCUUUCUCUACACACACUACAGAAGCCCCGCUCUGUCAACCAGUAACAUUCUCACCCCACCCACUUCCCUCACACAGACACCAGACUCCGCGGAGAGGAGCGACGGAGGGGCCCGCUCCACCACACCUUCUUCCUCCUCCUUCUCGUCCUCCUCCACCACUCACAGAUUGCACUCGCGGCCUUCCUUUAACUCCCACAAGCUGAUCCAGUGCGACACUCUGGCCAGGAGGAAGCUGAAGUCUGAGAAAAACAAGGCUCGCUCCCUGGACCUGAUGGAGUCUCCCGAGGGCACGGCUCCAUCCGAGGGCUCCGGCUCAGGAACGGAAGGUGCACCCACAGCAAAGAGGGAUACCUCCAGAACCAACACUUCCUCAGGCAGCAGCCAGGAGAGUCUGCGCCCAGCCCGACCCAAGCCUGCCGUGCUGCCCAGCGAGGCCGCUUCCUUCACUCCGACCGGCCCGGGCGGGAAGUCGCUGGCCGAUCAGGUCCGCGCCCGACUGCUAGGCUCAGCUGACAACCUGCACCGCGUCGGACUGCGGAAACCACCGUCACCCGAUACGCGCAGGAAGAAGCGGGCUUGGCGCAGACACACUGUGGUGGCUUCCCCGACUGAGAUGUCCGAUAAGAGACCCCCGCUGAUUGUCAGUGAGUUCCCCUUGUCUCCUAUCAAUCAAAACCAGGUCAAAACACAAGGGCUGCCUCGGGAUGCAGAAGGGCUUGACCAAGGACCCACUACACGUCAAGCACCCACCUCCAAUUUCCACCAGUACCUUUGAACCCUGACCCCAACCACCGCUCCAAGAAAAGAGGCCAAAGCUGCUGAUUCUCAGUUUGUGCGUAGGGAUGGGGGAGUGGAUGUCCAGCUGAGCUGCUGACGGCCUGCAGGUCAGUAAACUGGCAGCAGUGCAAACGGGGAUGUGGUUGGUGGACAGGUGAAAAACGGCCCACCUUUUUUGUUGUUGUUGUUGUUUUUUUACUUUUCAUUGAGCUCCGUUUGCAUGGCAGGGUGCGUUCCAGUGUUGCCAAAGCUUUCAUUUUCUUUUUCCUUUAAGUGUGCUCUUAUAGAAAUGAUAGGACAGAGACACAAACAGACGUCAUCACGGUCGACGUAAGAGCCAAGAAUUCUGAUUCGAGUAACAACUGAGCAUCCCUCUUGUCUUCUCUUCCUUCCUGUCUGGAUCAGAGAUGACGUAAAUUAAAAGUUUAAUCGACCAGACGAGGAUGCUGAAAUGCAGCUUCCCCCCCUGGUUUUUGAGAGAAUAGUGCUUCUACAGUUAUUAAAAAAAAUAAAAAAUCAAAUAAAACCAUUUCAGGAGGGCAAACAACUGAUUCUUCAUAUCAGUCUUCCUAACGUUUCCCCUCUGACCAUUCACACUGUAAAACUCCACCAAACUUCAGCUCAAAAACACAUGAAAUGCAGUUGUCUCCCUCUACUUGUUAAUAAUGUUUGUGUGUUUGCGCAAAAAUAUUCGUGACCAUGUCUAAACGUGCAGGUGUUUGUGUUAAACGAUUUUUGUAACAUUUGUACAAAGCCUUGUUAAGUUAACCCUGUAAAUAUAAAUAUUAUGUUAUCAUAUUUGUUUGUACUUUUUUUUUUAGUUCUUUUUUUUAAGGUUUACAAAAGUGCAAAUAAGUGCACAGUCGUUUUUUUGUUUGGUUUUGUUUUCAAGAUGUUACUUGAAAUGUUUCCCUUAAUAUAUUAUUUGUUUUUGUUUUAUAUUCAAUAUAUAUAUAUAUAUAUAUUAAAUAUAUAUAUUUUGUAUUAAAGUAAAAUUUAUUGCAAUUUCACCUCUUGGGUGUACCUGUUUAAAGGAGACGAGAUAAACACGACUAAACGUAUUCCUUAUUUCCUCAUAGAUGGCCUUUCUGAUUCACAGCACUGUGCAGGAAACCUUUAUCUCACAAGAUAAGUCUUAUAAUAAAGAUUAUCUCGUGGCUAGUUACACAAAAUGUACACAACACUCUCUAGUAACAACAUGUAGCAAGUUCUGAAUUUUAAUCAGGUAAUUAUUAUUUGAUAUCGGACAGUUUGCAGACAGCUGAUCAUGCCGCCAGGGCUUCAAGUCUGGGAUUACUGAGCAUUGCCUCAACAGAUCAGCUCAUAUUCACUGAACACAGGAGCUCAAAAGAAGAUGCCUGACAGUGUUUAACAGACUGGUGUAGGAUUUUUUUUUUUUUUUUUUUUGGUGUUUUCAGCACACAAGGUCAGGUUCUAAUAAAUCUUCCCUGAGUGGGGAAAUGGUACGUUGGAGGAAAUGAAAAAAGAAGAACAAGAGUCUGUUGUUUCUGUCUCGUCUUGACCGCAGAACCAAUUUGCAGUAGCGAAAAAAACACGACCCGAGCGAGAGGUGCAAAUUCAGAAGUCACAAAAGGCUUGCUUGUUUCCUUGCGACCAAAUAAUAACCCAGUGAAAGAGAAGAAGAAUGAUAAUAAUAAAUAGGUUCUAGUCUCGUCUUACCUCAAGGUUUUUUCUACAAGUGCCUGAUUUCUGGAAUGUGUUUUUGUUCUGCAGUGCCAUGCUCGGUUCUUAUCUUUCCAUUUCCUUUUGUUAUUUCUGGGUCUCCUCCCCUCCUCUGCUGUGGUUGACGGUAUAAUUGAGGCACUGACCCAAAGAUGUGUACAUUAAAGACAAGCAGUCUAACAGAGAGGCUGUACAAAACAAAAUAAAAGAAAGAAAGAAAAGUAAAGCACACUUCAAGCCAAGGACACUUCUAUGCACUCCCUUUGCCUUUAACAGAGGAGGGGAAAAGCAUAGUAUUCUCUCAGCUGCUUCUUUUGUUUUUUUUGUUUUUUUUUAACAAACUGAGGUCACCUCUCUAUGCCUAAUAAUCCACAGUGUGUGAAUAAGGUACACCUAACACACCCCACCCUACAACUGCAUUAGGUCAUGCCAGACAGCAUCCAGUUUCCUAAAGAUGAACAAAAACCUCAUCAAAGGGAAACGUCGACAGUCUGAAAUGUGAUUUUACCUUUUGUGUCGUUGUUGUAUUUUAAAAGCGUUUCUUUUUUUGUACAUACUAUCUUAAUAUGUAACAUAUUGUAUUGUGUACAUUUGGAAUUGCUUUCGAGUAUGACUAAUAUGAAAAUGACUGGACUACAAGAAAAAAAACAAAUAAAAAAACAUGGUUGUCCGCCUGAAAUCAUUUCCCUCGUGGCUGUGUGCUUAAAAGCAGGUUAUAUGAUGUAAAUAAACAGAACUAUGUUUAAAAAAAAAA